CAAAGCCUCCUGGGAAAUGCGUGGCCUACAGAUCCCUGUACCCACCGCGCUGCAGCCCCAAGGAAGAGGGCGCUUUCUGGUGACUCUGAAUCUUGAUGCUGCACGAGCCUGAUUCGGUAUUCACAAGAGGCUUUUGGGGGAACAUCUCUCUUUCGCUGGAUGCACGAACGGACUUUGCUGUCGCAGUUUACUGGACUUCGUUGUGGCGAAUCUGCCGUUGCGGCACGGUGGCUAGGCGCGCAGGGCCCUGACGUGAAGCUUGCGGAAUCUGCUGCGGGAAGAAGAACGCCAGGGUUUCUCGGGCCACUGCAGUCAUGGCGGCGGCUGCCCCCAGUGCGGGCGCCUCCGCGCCUGAGGCGGCGGGUUCCGCCGAAGCCCCGCUGCAGUACAGCCUUCUCCUGCAAUACCUGGUGGGCGACAAGCGUCAGCCCCGGCUCCUGGAGCCCGGCAGCCUGGGCGGGAUCCCGAGCCCGACCAAGAGUGAGGAACAGAAGAUGAUCGAGAAGGUGAUGGAAAGCUGUGCCUUCAAGGCAGCGCUGGCCUGCGUGGGAGGAUUUGUCUUGGGAGGUGCGUUUGGGGUGUUCACUGCCGGCAUUGAUACCAAUGUGGGCUUUGACCCUAAGGAUCCUUAUCGUACGCCGACAGCAAAGGAAGUUCUUAAAGACAUGGGACAGAGAGGAAUGUCCUACGCCAAAAAUUUUGCCAUUGUGGGCGCCAUGUUUUCUUGCACUGAGUGUUUGGUAGAAUCUCACCGGGGAAGGUCAGAUGGGAGGAACAGCGUCAUUAGUGGCUGCAUCACGGGGGGAGCCAUCGGUUUCAGAGGUUAGUAAACAGCUCCUGCUUGGUUUGCUUUGUGGCCUUGGACAACGUGCUGUAGUUGACAUUCCCAAACACAUGCGUGUUCCAGGGACAGCCCAAGGCAUAUGUGGACACUUGAUACUCUUCUCUUCUGAAAAGUGAAUCAGGUUUACUUUUGCAUUAACAUACUUUUGGAAACUUCUAGUAUCUAGAUCGGGGUUUUUCAUCUUUGGCACCGUUGGCAUUUUGAACCACAUAAAUCUUUGCUGGAUGGAGAGUGGGGCUGUCCCGUGCAUUGUAGGAUGUUUAGCAGUAUCCUUGGCCUCUACCCACUAGAAGCUAGUAGCAUCCCUUAGUUGUGACAGCUGAAAGUGUCUCUCGACAUUGCCAAAUUCCCCCAGGGGAUGAAAUCACCCAUGGCUGAGAACCACAAAAAAAUCUAG